AUGGGAACUGAUUUACUUGCUGAACCCUACCACGCAUGGGCUUCUCUCCAGAGUAGCCGCGACUAUCAGUCAUACCAUGGCCACCAGGUCCAACCAGAGGGACUCCUGAUCGCUGAGAUCGUUACAGACAAUGACCGAAAGGGCGUCAAGAUCCUUCCGGGAGAGGUCUUGUGCCGGAUUGAGUUUGAAGAUGGGAUCCUCUGCCCAACCGCCAAAAGUUUCUCCUUAAAAUCUGGACUGGUCCGCCAUAUACGCAGUCAGCACGAGCUGGAUAUCCAGACUUGGGAUGGCAAGUGGGAGGGUUGUGAUGCUGAGGAGAGGAGCAAGGGUGGGAGGCCGACUGGGCAGGCUAUUGCCAAGGCUUUGGUCGUGCAUAAACAGUGGAAUAAGUUGAUUUAUGCGGAAGAUGAGACGGCAGAGGAGGCUGGGAAGCAGACAGUCAACCAACGGUUUGCAGAAGAACGUGCCGAUAAGGCUCGGAGAUUCAGUGAGAAACAAUCACGAAGUAGGACAAUGCAGGCCGGCCUGGAUCACGAAGCAAUCAAGAGCGCCGAAGACACUCGAUUAAACGUAAAGUAUUACUUUUAA